CAAUCACGGGUGGGCCGCGUCUCGGGCGCCGAGGCGAGGUGCGCGCGUCUGCGCACCGCGACGCCCCCCGACGGCGGCGGAAGCGCCCGAGAGCGCGCCGCGACCGUUCGGCCCCGUCUCCGCCAGUACCGUGUUGAUAUCGGAGCGUAGCACGCGAUAACGGACGAGACUGAGACCGGUCUGUGUAUUAUUUACCUUUAGUGUAGUAGUAGUGCAUUCAGUCGCAUCGAACGAGUGUUAUGGAGGGCCAAAAUCAAGACCUGGUGCCCGGCAGCAGUCCCGCGGAGGUGCCCAACGAUCCCGGGAAAAUGUUUAUCGGGGGACUGAGUUGGCAGACGAGUCCAGAAAGUUUACGCGAAUACUUUAGUAAAUAUGGCGAUAUCACUGAAGUAAUGGUAAUGAAAGACCCUGCCACACGCAGAUCGAGCGGCACCGGGGUAGUUUGCUUCGCUUCAGGCGUGGACAGCGGCCCGGUAGUGUACACCCCCAGGGGUUUCGGAUUUAUCACCUUCACGGACCCUUCUAGCGUAGACAAAGUGUUAGCCCAAGGUACCCAUGAAUUAGAUGGAAAGAAGAUCGACCCGAAAGUAGCGUUCCCUAGGAGAGCACAUCCAAAGAUGGUAACCCGAACGAAAAAAAUAUUCGUGGGAGGAUUAUCAGCCCCCACAACCUUAGAAGACGUCAAAAGCUACUUCGAACAGUUUGGUCCGAUCGAAGACGCGAUGCUCAUGUUCGACAAACAAACGAAUAGACAUAGAGGUUUCGGGUUCGUCACAUUUCAGAGCGAGGACGUCGUCGAUAAAGUUUGUGAAAUUCAUUUCCACGAGAUUAACAAUAAAAUGGUGGAGUGCAAGAAAGCGCAGCCGAAAGAAGUGAUGCUCCCCGCCAACUUGGCCAAGACCCGCGCAGCGGGUCGCGGCGCAUACGAUUUUAUGUGGUCUCUGGGGGCUCUUCCAGACGGUUUUCCAGCGGCCGCAUAUGCGGCAUACGCUGCGGGUCGCGGUUACUCGGGCUACCCUAGUUUCGGACUGCCCUACCCAACAGUUGAUUUAACCAAUGGACAACUGACACCGAACAAUAACACUCCACUGCUGACCCAGGCACUUUCAGUGAUGAAUAACUACCAAGCCGCGGCCGCCGCCCAGGGUUUCGGCCCGCCUGCUUCACCACACGCGGCUGCCGCUGCGGCCGCCCAAAACGCGUCCAGGGCCGCCGGAUUCCCCGCCGCAUCCAGUCCCGGACCGGCCAUCGAUAUGUACAGCAGCAGCGGUGCCGGUCCUGGAGACAGCGUUGGCUACGUACAGGCAGCUAGUCCGCAGCCGUCCAGCUUUCCGGCCAUCGCUGUCAGUCGGGCGCCACUUAACUAUAGUCCGGGCCCGCUUAUUCCGGCCGCCUUUACAAAUGGCUAUCACUGAGCUGCCGCCUACCGACCGUACAGAGUCGUCGCGGCCCAUAUUCCGCUCCCUAUCGGCAGCUACAGCUGUGAUUGCGUCAUCACAACCAAACCUGCACUUGUACAUUCACCUCUAUAUGUAUAUUGAUAAUAAUAUAUUAAUUACUAUUUAGCACCCGCUGAGCGGUUACCACUCGUUGUUGUAUAUGUUUGGUGUUUGCCAAUCGCUUUCCGCCAGCCGACGAUUGCCGAAUUGCCGACAGGAAGUCCGCCUUGAAAACACUCGGUAAGUUAGGUUAUCUUGUGUGGCCGUACAGGCAUUUUAAAAUUCGCGAUGCGGUCUACUAAAACGCAUAAGUAAGAUACUGGCGGUCGGAAAUAGGAAGGGUCGAUUUAUAAACUUGAUUUAGCCGUUCCAUGCGGUCACCGUUGGCAGUUAAGAUUAGUUUAUAUAUUUUCAUUCUAACCUUACUUUUGAUGCUUGUUUCUAGAAGAAACAGUAGCUAUCUAUAAGUGCAAGAAAUAAUAGUUAUCCUAUUAUAUUCUACGAACUUUUUUUAUUUUAAAACGUGUUUUUUUCCAAAAUGUCUUUUUAUUUUUGGAUUUAUGUUGAAUUAUUGAGCUACCUUUAAGUCAAACCAUGUUAGUUACCCAACAGUGUUUUAUUAAAUAAACGUGAAAUAUUUCUUGUAAAUAAAUGGCAACAUAAUUUCUCCUACUAAUAUAAAUUGUUACCUUAUAAAUAAUAUAAUAUAUAUAUAUAUAUAUAUAUAUAUAUAUAUAUAUAUAUAUAUAUAUAUAUAUAUAUAUAUAUAUAUAUAUAUAUAUAUAUAUAUAAUAUAUAUAACAUAAAUAUAAGUGACAUCUAAAUAUUUUAUAAUUGGCUAAAUCCACCUUAUGUUAUAUCAUCAAAACAUAAAUCGGGCUAAACGUAAGAUCCUCGUCUUUAUCGAUUCGGCAACUGUCGUAAUGGCGGCUUACCCCCUCCACCAAACACAGCACUAUAUUGGUUAACACUUUGCGUUUCUAAUUACAUAUGAUAUAUUACAGGGUAUCUCUAUAGGAUACAUUAUCCUUACAUAUUAUUAAUUAAGGACCAAUCGGGCAAAUACCUCGGUCGUUCGACCGAUGAGACAUUGCCGUGGUAUAACUUUUCGGUUUUGUUUUUUAGUAGAUCGCUAAUUUGAGGAAGUUUUGCACCUGAAAACAUCGUAAAAGGUAGCGCCGGGUAGUUUAAAUGGAAUCGGGUUGAAACGAAAUUUGAUAUUAUUCGCUCUUGGUCUAAUUUACUUUUUGAGGAUAUUGAUGGACUCAAUUUUUUUUUAACUUGGUGCCAUAAUUUUUUCUUGAAAAACUAAGAAAUUGCAUUAGAUAUUCAAUUGUAACUAAUAAAGCGCAAAGAAUUUACUAUUCAACCAAUUUUUAUUUUUCAAGUUGUUUAUUAAUUGUUUUACUAAUUACUUUGGGAAUAUUCUUAACACAUUGCCAGAGAGCGAUGACGAAUUUGACAAUAUUUUUUUAUUCAUUAAACAUAAUUUCUAUUGUACGUGAUACAAAAUGUACCCAGUACCUAGAUUUUGUGGAAUAUUUAUUACAAAUUAUGUUAUGAUUUUUCAAGUUUUAAGUUUCAAGAUAGGGCAAAACUUACAUUUGCCAAGUUGGAUGUUUUUCAGUGCAAAGCCGCUUUAAAUUGCGUAUAGUUCAUUUUUAACCGGCUAGUGUUGUUUUAUAUAAAGAAUUUUAUUUCAUUGAUAUAGUAUGUUAUGGUUAUUAUUUAAUAUAUUCUAAAAAUCAUAUUAUUGUAAGUAACUUUUCAUUGUGUUAAUCUUCGCUCCGGCGCGGUACGUAUACAAAAAGAAAAUAUUAAUUUGAUAAUAUUUUUAAGAUAUUUGUAUAUAUUUAUUGUUACUGGAACGAACCACGCAGAUUAAUUUUAUCGUUUUUAAUCGCAGACGGGCUCGGGGGAGAGUUUUAACCAUAAAUAUAAAGCUAUUUUUUUAACAGAAACUUAGUUAUCAGUACAUAUAUAUAUUUUUCUUUGUUGUAUUUGUCUAUACUUUGAAUAGAUUAAUGUUAAUUAAUAUUUCCCCACCGGCCGCGCGCGCAAACGUAUGUAAAUUUUUAAAUAUUUAGUUGCACAAAAAUAAUCACGAAAAGUUGAUCACGCUUCGUUUUACGGAAUGGCUUGGUGCUUGCGAUUUUUUUAAACGUAUAUAACCAACGUGUAAUCUGUGUGGUCCGGCGAUACUAUUCAAUAUAGCUUCUAGAUUUUAAUCCUAUCCGUAUUUUCCCUCAUAGUAAACCUAGAUCUGUCUAAUUGUUAGGCUAGGCGAGAUCAAUUUUAAAAAUUAUAAUAUAUUAAUGUUUCUUGUUAUAUUGUGAAUAUUCUAUAUAAAAAAAUGUCGGAUAACGGACGCGUUGAGAGUUAUUCAUACAAUACAUGUGCGCGUUUCUGUGGUUAUUAUAUAUUAUAUAAAAUUUAUAAUUAUUAUUUUAGGUACGGCGUCCGUUAUUCCGAAUCUAAUUUUUCCACGUGGUUAUAAGGUGUUAUUCAUUUUAUUUUGUUUUUAUUUAUACAUUUCGCCGGUAACGGGCUUGUUGACGAAUGUGCGGCGAAGCUAAUAAAAAAUUGAAUUUUAAUAAAUUACCGCUUUUCUAAACAAAAUUGUGCAACCAGAAGCAAUUGUUAAAACUCCUCUCCUUUUUUGUAUGCCCUGCCAGGAUAAACGCACAAAAUUGUUAUUAUUAACUAAUUUUUUGCUUUUAUUUCCUUUAUUAUCUGCUAAAUCAUUCAGCUCUUAAAUGGAAAAAGCAAAGAAAAAUCAUUUAAUUUCAAAAAUAUGUUUUCGAAUUACAAAGAAACACAUUUAUCGGAAUAGGCCACUUUUGUUCUCAAGUAAUUUAAUAUUAUCAAUUUUUUAUGGCUCGUCCUGUAUAGAAAAAAUGUCCGACUGAGUCCAGAUUGCUCGUGUAACGUUUCCUCAGUACAAAAACAACCACGAUAAGUUAAUCACAGUAAUAUAUAUAUAUAUAAAUAUAUAGUCCGAAAGCGGGAUACAGGGGGAACCAAUUUUUCGAGUUCAUUUCGGUUAAUUCAGCGACUCUAGCAGUGAAUUUUUAUACGUUUUUCUACAUUUAGUUGACCUAAACGCGUUGAAAGUUGUAGUCGGGUGCGGCACGCUUGAAGUGGAAAAAAAUAUUGGGGCGCCCUGUAUAAUGUUACCGUCGCCAGGUUUACGUUGCCGGAUUACCACCGGGUUCACAGUAGAAGAAAUGGUCAGUACUAGGAGAAUCGUAGGUAUUUACAUAGGCUACGAAAUCAAAAUGCGAAUGUGAAAUUCAAUUGAUGUACCUGAGUGACUAUUAUUUAAAUUUAAAAGGGUCAGUUUAAUAUAGUUUCUUCCGCAUUAUUUAGAUUUAAGUUUAAGUGUAAUCAAACAUUUCUUCCAUUACAAAAAUCGAAAAUUUAGUUUUUAGUCACAUCAAUCGUAUGAUAGGAUUCCGAGUUACUGAAGCAGCCUCAAAUGUAUUACAGCAAGAUAUUAACACAGUGGAUCAUAAUAAAUUUUGAACUUUUCCGAACGCCCGAGGGAUCAACAACACCUGUUCAAGUUGCGGUAGUAAUGAUAUUCAAUAAGUAAGUUUCAAUUAGUUUUAAUAAAAACGUUAGCAAGUUCUUUUGACCAAAGUUUGUUUAAUAUAUAUUAUUUCAAACAAACUUUCGACAAAGACAAAUCUUUUAACCUCUGAAUACGGCCUAAGAAAUAGAAUGCGCUAAGCAUUACUUAAAUACCAAAAUUUAACAUCAUAACAUAUUGGGAACCCAUCACCUUAAAAAAGAGUGUUAAAUAGAGAUUUUGCCAUUUUGCCAAUAAAUUUUCUUCUUCAUUUAUCAGCAUCUAGUUUGGGAUCUGAAUAUUCCGCCACAACUUUCUUAUAACCCUACUCGUCGACAUAUUGGAAAAAAAGCGCUGAAAUCGAAAAACAUGUGUGGACUAACAGCCCGGUUAUCUUUUCCGUUGUCGGUUUUUAACCUGGUGCGUUUUAAACCCAGCGUCGUAUUGAAUUUCGCCAUACCAUCCAUUGAACAAUAGAGAUAAUCUGCGCGUUGAGCUCUUGACGCGCAUGUUUUUUGGCGUCGGGUGUUUUACUCUUAUCUAAAAAAGAAUAAUUCAAUUUUGUUAACUAAAUAGGCACUCGAUUGUGUAAACCAAACAAAGAACAGAUAUCAAAUAUUACUAUUUCAUGUUUUUUGAAAUUUGAAGUUGUUUUUGGGGACCUUUUUCUUUUUUAUAACUAUAAGAUCAUUGAUAAACACUAUCUAAGGAAUAUUGAAUCGAUGGUUCUUAAAUUUCGUCAGUUACACCAGCCAAUUAGGUUUAGGUUUAGUUAUACGGUGUUCAAGUUUUGGCGACGUCUGUUCAAAUUAUCGAGUGUAAUAUGGGGUAAUCGACAUUUUAAGCAGACUAUUUCAGUUUGCAACAUGGUUAUGUCGCGAUUCCUGUGAUCAGCUGGUAUAGAUAAAUCAUAUAACUGCUUCAACCAAAAUCAUUAUAAGCGACAAAUGUGUUAUAAAUAAAUAAGCAUUUAAAUGUUCUAACUGUUUUUGUUAAGUGCAAAAUAAUUUUCCUACGUUAGGGCAACUCUUACCAAAGAUGAAGAAGCCACUUCUACUCCAACGAACUAUUUGCGGGCAGUUUUGUUUAUAGCUUAGCGAUCUAUUUUAAUCUGUAGAUAGGGUAAAAAAAUUGUCGAUGCCAAAUAAUAACAAACAAAAAGUCUUAACGCGUUAGAUAACCAAUUUCCAAAGAAUCGGAGGCGUAAACGUGGCGCGGCAACAAAACGACUGGCACAUAGAUAAAAAAUAUUGUAGCGGGUAGGAAUCAAACGUUUCCGUGAAACGUUUUCGAUUUUAGGUAUAAGUGACCUCAAACGCAAGGAGUUGAGGCCUCUCGGAUGGAUAACUUAUAAAAAUGACGUCAGAACAAUACGGUAUUAUUUCGUCUAGGUGAAUUAGGUAGGUAGUAUUUGGUCGACGCACGAACAAGGUAUUAUUUUUUGGGUGAAAAUGUCAAUUACGAAAGUGAUUCGAACGGUCAAAGCUGAUUUGUAGGAUCUCAUUUUGGCAUCAUUUUUCAUAAUGUGGAUUCGAAAACAAUUAUUCGGGAUCCUAAAUCGUUGUGUUGUAUUCGAUCAGCAAAAUGUACUGACGAUGACGGGUCAGUGCAAAAAAUUAACCGAUGAGUAAUGACCAAAGGUAUAUAAAAAUGUCAAUAUUUAAUGUCAAUGCGGAUUACUUUUUGCGUUUCCACGGUAUUUUAUAAUAUUGUGUCAGUGCAGAGCAAUACGUAGUUAGUAAACAAAAAGUAAAAACAAAAAUGUACAUGUUUCCGUUCAUAUAUUUUGAUAUCUAUAAAUCUGUGUUAUUUUUGCAUUAAGUGGUAGAGAUAAGUUAGCAAAAGACAAACUAUUAGAGGAUCGGUCCAUGGGGUUUUCAUCCCAAAGUUAAGGAAUUUUUAUUUAUGUUUAGGUAUUUGUGUUGACUGAUUUCUUCUUCCUUUAGAUUGCCCGAUAAUUAAAUUUGUUUAAAACUUUCAAAUCAAAGGUUUUAAGGGACAAAGUAAAGAUUUAUAAUAUAAGCCCCUAAUCUACAAUCAAGAAAUUUACAUACUCGUUUUGUUCCCGUAUUUUAAAAUU